GGGAGGCGGAGAAGGAGAAGAAAGCUACAACAUGGCGGCCACGGCCGCCCCAAAGCGCUGGGCGCUGUGAAGGGGGGUGGGGAGGAGCCCAGGAGCCAGCCCCCGGCUAGGGGAGGGAGGAUGCCCUGCCCCCCGUCGCCCUGACCCCCAAGUGGGGCCCACCGUGAUGGGGGUCCAGGGCUUCCAGGAGUUCGUGGAGAAGCGCUGCCCGGGCGCCGUGGUGCCCGUCGACCUGCUCAAGCUGGCCCGGGCGGCAGGGGUCCGCGGGGGGGCCCCCUACUGUGGCCUAGCUGGCUACCUCCAGCCACUGCCUGGGCCCUACCCCCCGCCUCUCGUGGCCCACUCCCAGCAUGCUCCGGGGUUGGCGUCGGUGGCCCGCUCCCAGCAUGCUCCGGGGCUGGCGUCAGUAACUCAUUCCCAGCAUGCUCCGGGGUUGGCGUCGGUGGCCUGCUCCCAGCAUGCUCCGGGGCUGGCGUCAGUGGCGGCUCACUCCCAGCAUGCUCCGGGGCUGGCGACAGUGGCGGCUCACUCCCAGCAUGCUCCGGGGCUGGCGACAGUGGCGGCUCACUCCCAGCAUGCUCCGGGGCUGGCGACAGUGGCGGCUCACUCCCAGCAUGCUCCGGGGCUGGCGACAGUGGCGGCUCACUCCCAGCAUGCUCCGGGGCUGGCGACAGUGGCGGCUCACUCCCAGCAUGCUCCGGGGCUGGCGAUGGCCUGCCCGGCCCGGCUACUGGUGGACGCAGACUCGGCCCUGCAGCGGCUGUAUGGCGGCUACCAGACGGACUGGGUGUGCGGCGGCCAGUGGAAUGCCAUGGUGGGCUACCUGGCGGCCCUGUCCCAGGCCUGCCUCUACCAGGGCGGGCUGGAGCUGGCGAUCAUCUUCAAUGGCGGGCUGGGCAAGGAGCGGCUGCCCGAGUGGGGCCGCAAGGCCCAGGCUGAGCGGCAGACGGCCCAGCUCAUCGCCGCCCACGUGGGCAACAAGGGCACCCCGCCCCCCCGCGCCUGGUUCCUGCCCCCCGCCUGCCUGGAGCACUGCGUCCGCCUGGCCAUGAUCCGCUUCCGGGUCAAGGUCUUCCAGAGCCUGGAGGACCAUCACCUGGAGGUGGUGUCCUUCUUCCGGGAGCGCGGCUUCCACGGGCUGCUGGCCCACGACUCAGAGUUCGCCCUGGCCAGCCUGCCCUGCUACUUCAGCGCCCACGCCCUGAAGCUGAGCUGGAACGGCAAGAGCCUCACCACCAAUCAGUUCCUCAUGCACCAGGUGGCCAAGCAGCUGGGACUGAAGGUCUCCAGCUUCCCUGUCUUCGCCGCCCUGCUGGGUAACCACAUCCUCCCCGACGAGGACUUGGCUGCUUUCCACUGGAGCCUGCUGGGGCCAGACCACCCGCUGGCAUCGCUCAAGGUCCGAGCCCACCAGCUGGUGCUGCCCCCCUGCGACGUGGUGAUCAAGGCCGUCUCAGAGUACGUCAGCGCCAUCAAAGAACCCUGCAACCUGGAUGCUGUGGGGAGAGACGUCUUCAAACACUCUCAGUCCAGGACGGAGGAUAAGAUCGAGCGCUUCAAGAAGGCCGUGAACUACUAUUCGGUGGCUGCCAAGAUGCCCCCAGCACCUGUGGGUCCGUCCUCAUUUGUAUUGCCAGGCUAUGGAUCCAACCACUUCGGAGGAGCAGCCCCUGCGCAGCGCAGCCCGGUGGGAUCCCUCCCCACGGGGAAGCCGAUGUUCCCACCCGACCUGGGGCCAAAGGUGCAGUACGAGCCGCCGGCCCCGCCCUCCUCCUUCCCCCCGGGCCCCAGCACCAGCCUCCUCUUCUCCCCCCACCCGCUUGGAGACGUGCCCCCCUUUCACGAGCAGCCCGGCCUGAAAGGCGGUGACUUCAGCUGCUGGACCAGCGCCUACAAUGCCAAGUUCCCGCCCCACCAGCAGGGUCCCAAGCCCUCCCCUUCCUCCGGGCCGGCCUCCUCCCCCUCCUCCUCCUCCGACUGCGAAGAGCACAACGGGGACAGUGCCAACCAUGUCUCCGAGAUGCUGCAGCUGAAGUCUGGCUGGGAGGGGCCAGAUGCCGAAAAGCUGAGCCAGGGCUGGGGGCAAGUGGGGGGCUCCGGUGGCACCGAUGGGCCCCUGAUUGGGCCCGAGCCCUCCAUCCCCUCACUGCUUUCCAUGGCCACCCGCAACCACAUGGACAUAACCACCCCCCCGCUGCCCCCCGUAGCCCCCGAGGUCCUGCGGGUGGCUGAGCACCGGCACCGACGCGGCCUUAUGUAUCCCUCCAUCUACCAUGUUCUUACCAAGGGCGAGAUCAAGCUCCCCGUGUGCAUCGAGGACGAAUGUAACACUGAGCUGCCUCCAGCCGCCGUCCUCUUCCGUGGCGCCCGGCAGCAUAUCUACGGGGUGCUGUUCGGCGUGGCUGAGAACCAGCGCCGGGUGGAGCGCCUGGCCAUCCGCCGCCGCAUUCCCACGGAAGUGCCGCCUGUGAUCAUCAAGGAAUGGGCGGCUUACAAGGGGAAGUCCCCGCAGACACCGGAGCUGGUCUCAGCCCUGGCCUUUCGCGAGUGGACCUGCCCCAACCUGCGGAAGCUGUGGCUGGGGAAGGCAGUGGAGGACAAGAACCGGCGCAUGAGGGCCUUCCUGGCCUGCCUGCGGGCCGACACGCCCGGCAUGCUGAACCCGGCCAGCGUGCCCACGCACCUGCUGCUGAUGUGCUGCGUGCUGCGUUACAUGAUGCAGUGGCCUGGAGGGAGGAUCCUUCAUAGGCACGAACUGGACGUGUUCCUGGCUCAGUCAGUUUCCUCUCAGCUCUAUGAGCCGGAUCACCUGCAGGAGCUGAAGAUCGAGAAGCUGGAUGCCCGGGGCGUGCAGCUGGCAGCUCUCUUCAUGAGCGGAGUAGAUACGGCUCUGUUUGCCAAUGACGCCUGUGGGCAACCGGUGCCCUGGGAACACUGCUGCCCCUGGAUCUAUUUUGAUGGGAAACUCUUCCAGAGCAAGCUCAUCAAAGCCACCCGUGACAGGGCCCCCCUCAUUGACCUGUGUGAUGGGCAGACGGAGCAGGCAGCCAAAGUGGAGAGGAUGAGACAGAGCAUCCUGGAGGGCGUGAACUUCAACCGCCAGGCCCCGCCCCCUCUGCUCCCGCCCCCUCCCUUCGUGCCUGCCAUGGCCACGCCCUUCUAUUCAAUGCCCCUCUACCCCCGCACCACGGGCUCUGUGCCGCUGCCAACCCCUGGGAGGAGCAGAGGGUUCACAGGUCUCCACCCAAUUCCGCCUCAGGGGGGCAAGCUGGAGAUUGCUGGUAUGGUUGUCGGCCAGUGGGCGGGCAGUAAGCCCUCGCGGGGCCGGGGCUCCUUUGGCAUGCAGGUGGUGUCUGUCGGGGGACCUGGGAAGGGACGCAGUCGGGACGGAUCUGGAAAACUCCCCAAAGGAAACAAGAAGCUUAGCAAGCAGGGCUCGUUGGAGGGAGCAGCCAAAGCAGUGGAGUUGCAGAGCGGGCAGUUCCCAUCGCAGGUGAACCGGGGCGAGGAUUCGGGGGGCGGUCCCUGCCCCCCGGCACCGUCACAAUGUGCCUUAGCCAGAGACACUGACGCCUGUGGUGAUGAGGGCCAGUACUGCAGGCGGCUGGCCCAGGAGGUGGAUCACGGCCCCAACACCAAGCUGCCCCUCCCAGCUCUGCAGAAGGAAGAGUGACGGGGGGGGGUGGGGGAUGGACCUGAUUUGGGGGCGGGUGGGGCUUUCCGGGGGGCGGGUCCAGGAGUGUGGAAGCCUCAGGGUACCAUGAGGACAGGGAGGUUGGAAAGGCAGAGCCCCAGUGCAUUGUGGGGGAUCAUCCCCUAAUUAAAGGGAUGGUCUCCUACAGCGCCCCAGUGCAUUGUGGGGGAAUCUCCUACAGCGCCCCAGUGCAUUGUGGGGGAUCAUCCCCUAAUUAAAGGGAUGGUCUCCUACAGCGCCCCAGUGCAUUGUGGGGGAAUCUCCUACAGCGCCCCAGUGCAUUGUGGGGGAUCAUCCCCUAAUUAAAGGGAUGGUCUCCUACAGCGCCCCAGUGCAUUGUGGGGGAAUCUCCUACAGCGCCCCAGUGCAUUGUGGGGGAUCACCCCCUAAUUAAAGGGAUGGUCUCCUACAGUGCCCCAGUGCAUUGUGGGGGAAUCUCCUACAGUGCCCCAGUGCAUUGUGGGGGAUCACCCCCUAAUUAAAGGGAUGGUCUCCUACAGUGCCCCAGUGCAUUGUGGGGGAAUCUCCUACAGUGCCCCAGUGCAUUGUGGGGGAUCAUCCCCUAAUUAAAGGGAUGGUCUCCUACAGUGCCGCAGUGCAUUGUGGGGGAAUCUCCUACAGCGCCGCAGUGCAUUGUGGAGGAUCAUCCCCUAAUUAAAGGGAUGGUCUCCUACAGCGCCCCAGUGCAUUGUGGGAGGAUUUGUACCUGUUUCCCUAUCCCCCCCUUCCCCCCCAAUCAUGUCAAUCAGCUCCACAACAUGGCAUAUUUUAUUAUUUUUUUAUUUUAAUAUUUGUGGGUGGGGAGUUGAUGGUUUUCUAUGGUUUUUAACAUAUUAUCUAUACCCCUCCCCUGGCUCUUGUAGCGGGGUGGGGGGGGACAAAUGCUAGUAAAUAAACGGGGAGCCGUUAAAAGGAAGCCAGCCAGGAUGAAUAAAAGCGAGUGGGGAGGAGUGAUGUCUGGAGGCUCAAGCCAGGCCACUAAUGGGUCGUGGUGUCCCCUGGCCUGCAGUGCUGGGUGCCCUGGCCCCCACAGCCAGCCGAGCGGGGCACUGGUUGCGCCCCUCGCUGCUCUGGGUGGAGCCCCAAAACGUAUUUCCCCAAUAUUUGGCGGGUGCAGAUGCUCCCAGCCCGUGUUCGUUUCGGGCGGUACGGGGUCGAGUUCGGGGCAGAGGCGCUGAUGGCUGAAAUCUACCCAUGCUUUGUACAGACAGAAGAGAGAGAUUAUAUUUACAGAGACAGAUUCUAUAUAGAAACUACGUAUCUCGGGGGGAGGAAUUCCCGUGUCCCCAGCCGCAGCUCCAGAGCCGUCCGCGACGGACCCAGGGGGGCAGGGGCAGUCGGGGGUCCCUCCAAAACCAGGCAGCUGCCCCCUUCUUCCGCAGAGUCCCCCCUCCCAGCCGCGGUUCCCAGCAGGACUGGCCAAUGGAGGGUGGAGGAGGGGUUCAGGUUGGUGGCCUGUGGGGGGUGGGUGGGCAGGGAUUUUGAGGCUGGGGGCUGUUAGGGUUUCUGUCCCAUGGGAGGGGAAUGCAGGGACUUGGAGGCUGACUGAUCGGGGAUGUAUUUGGUGCGGGGGGACCCCCUUCAAGUCCCAUUAAAAUCUGGACUGUAGAGGGUGGAAAAUUUGAAGGUUUUGUGGACUAUCCUAAUCCCCCUCCUCGACAGGCAGGGGGGCUGGUGGUGAAUUCCCGUCCUGCCCCCCUGACGUGUGUAAAAACUGAGCAGUGCGGCUUCUCUCCUGACUAAUCCACACCCCUGUUGACACGGGAAGGCUUGAAUUCCCCCAGAUCCAGGGGAUUUGGGGAACAGGGAGGGAGCAGGAAACAGCCCAAAUCUCGACAAACUUUAUAUAUUAUUUUUCCCCUGCCUUGGAGGUGGGGGGAUGGGAGGAAAUUUAGCGCCCCCUUUUGCAGUCGGAGGCACUGAACCCUUUUAACCUGACUGAUCCGCCAGCAAGGACUCCGGAAAACUAUCUCCGGCCUCUGAUACUUGAGCUUUCGAACCGAGGCCAGUUCCGAAUCCAGCGCUCGGAAGAUGCCUGCCCACCCGAGGCAGCUCGUUGACAGGCGUCACCCUGUAGUUUUUUAUUACUUUAACCAUGUUUCAAAGUCAGGCUUCAGGUCAGGCGUCUCUGAAUGUCUGCAGACAAUUGGCCGUGUCUGCGAAUCGCAAAGGAGUUAAUCUGAAGUGUUUAGGGUUGGGAGUCUUUAGGGACAGACGCCUGGAGUUGCAAUCACUUUUAUUGCUGGAAUAACGCUCCUUUUCAGCGGGCAGGGGGGCGGGAGAUGAUUUUAAAGACCCUCGGCAUUUUACAGCGGUCAUCCCAAUUCAGUGCAGCCAUUUUUUCUCUUCUGAAAUCUGGAAAACUAAACCCAAAAUCACAGCCUCCCGAACUCCCUCCGCUAAACUCUCAGGAGGAAAUUCUGAAACGCAUCCACCAGUCAUUGGUGCUUCGGAAGAUUUGUAGUUUUUGCCAUCCCAGGGAUUUUAAACACAGAGACGCUCUGGGGUGUGGAGAAGAGCCGUGGAAAUGAGUUGAGAGGCGUAAGCGGCCACUGCGUUCGGAAGGAGAUGGAGAGGGGACUGGAUUCUGCUGGAGAAGCUUAGGCCGUCACGGUACUACAGGGCUCUUUACUCUGGUGGAGACAGGCUGAUGGAAAAACAAGAGGCAGGAGGCUGAAGCCUGACCAAUACAAAUUGAAAACAAGGGACCAGUCACCGUAAGGUGAUUAACAGCUGGGACAAACUCCCAAUUGAGGUGGCCCGUUCUCCAGCUCUUAGGGUCUUCCCAUCCAAGUGAGAUUGUUUACGCCCCUCGCCAGGUGACAUAAAGACACCGAGAUAAGCAUCCUGCCUGGCAGGGAUUUAGCAGUCUUGGCUAGAUCGGCGGAGAGUCACCUUUUAGAUGUACACUGGAAAUAAAAUGAGCGCAAAUCUCAACCUCAGAUGGGGGAUUUGGACUGAUCUGAGUUGGGGCCGCUGGCUCGGCUGCCUUUGCAGAAGCCCCAUUCUUGGCUCCAUUUGGCAGAAUUGCAGAUUCCCCACGCUGGAAAUCGCUCGUCCCUUUUGGAAAACCAUGGCCAGUUUCCUUGCCCCUUCCGCAUCUGCUUCGGGGGCUCAGUUCCCACCCACGCUGCCUUUCCUGAUGUCGUGAGGUGCCCCGCAGACUUGACCAGAGGUAAGACGAUCCCUUUCUUUCACCUUGAUUGCCACACCCAGCAAGGGACUGUUCGGCUUAGCUCCUUGAAGAACAGCUGAGGAGAUGAUUCGGGAAUCCUGUCCUUGGAGGUUUUUAAGGACAGGGCAGGCACACCUGUCAGGGACGGUCUUCCUGCCUCUGCGCCGGGAGCUGGACUGGACGCCCUCUCGAGGUCCCUGCCGGCCUGUGGAGUCGGGCACCGUGGAGGAUCCGGGGCCUUGUUCAUGGCCUGGAAGAUCCUGUUUCCGUGUUCAGGGCCAGAAUUUGAGUCUUGCAUAGGGCAGGACGUUCGGUUUCACUGAGCCCCAGGGCGGCGGUUGGACUAAAGGAGACAGAGCAGUUGCGAGGGGCCGCAGGGAAGUGAUUUAGAUGAGACCUGCCUGGAUGAUGCCAGCAGGCUCAGGCUGCAGCAGAAGAUGAAACUUCCCCAUUCCAAUCUGUCGAUGGUCAGCAGCUCCAAGCACCUCAUCCAGGGUUCCGUUUCCAGCUGGGGCUGGUCCCAGCUGCUUCAGGGAAGGUGGAAAAGCCCCAGACAAACCCAUCAAAGCCCAGAGUCGUGUGGGUGGGAAAUUGCUGUUGGCUGAAGCUUGCGCUUGGCUUGCUGUGGGCGUCAUGUCUGGCAGCCGAGGGCGAUGGAAGCAAAGACAGGAGGAGAGGUAUUUCCUCCCAGGGUCAGCCCUGCGAGCGAGCAGUGGAGUCGGGAGGACACACCUCUCUCUCAGCCGUCAGGCUGGCUGCAGGACUGACUGGUGAACGUGUGCUGGAGCUCGACUCGGCCGGUCGUUCAUAUGAACCUGGAACAUACCGGAGGCUUUGGGAUUGUGCUGCUAAAUUCCUCCAUGCUUUUCCCCCCCUUAUCUAGGUGAAACACUUUGACUAGCAUGGAGCCUAUUUUCUCUGCUGGUGUCAAUUGGGGGUUCCCACAGCUUGGGGCCUGGCCCCACUCACCCAGCGGAGCUUAGGCCCAUUGACCCCAGCUGGGGGCCUGGCCCCAUUGCCUCAACAGAGUUACGGCCCAUUGACGGCAGCUGUGGGUCUGGCCCCAUUGACCCAGCGGAGCUACAGCCCAUUGAUGCCAGCUACGGGUCUGGCUGCACUGACCAAUGGAGCUCUGGCUGAUGGAGCCAGUGGCGGUCUGGCCCCACUGACUGCAGUGGAUUUACACCCACAUGCCCCAGGUGGGGAUCCGGCCCAUGACAGCUCUUGUGUAUUGAAUCCGGGCAGCUGAAAGCCAGACAGGAGCGCUUGGGUUGUACCCUUGGCAGCAGCACCUGAGUGAACCCUUCUGCUCCCAGAUUCCUGCUUUCCGCUCCGAUCCAGCGACGCCCCGCGGACGACGCACACGCUGAAGUGGGGCUUUCACUUUCCUUUUCUUGCUGGCUCAAAGCUUUAAAAGAGAACAAGAACCACAAAGAGGUUUAAACCAACCCACCUGCAGUUCUCUUGACUUUUAAGCGAGCCAGCCUGCCUGUCGUGGGCCAGGUGUGGCUACUGACUUCCUACCUUUGGCCACUAAAUCACUGGCUGAUGGUGUAAGCUAGCCACUCGGACAUUAUUUUCCCCCUCUUCCUCGUCUUUGGUUUUUAAACCGUGCGUGUGUGAAUUGUAUUAACUCACACGUGGAUUUCUCAGUCUUCUCUUUGUGUCCCCUGUUGUGUGUCAGAAACCUGCCCCCGACCAUGUUCUCUUGAAUUUUCAUUCGACCUCCACCAAGGAGAGAGAAUUUUCUCUCAUCCUUGGGAAUUGUUUGUGAAAUCGCUCAGACCCCUGGCUGUAACUGUGUCAGGCCGGCCUGGAAGCGAAUAUAAGAUCUGACAGCAGAGCUCCGGCCCCAGUGUCAGAGAAUCUGUGAUCAGAUUAGCUGGCGCCGCUCCCCUAGCCGCACAGGAGGAGCAACGAGCAAUCCUAGUGUUUCAGUUUUAAUCCUGUUAGUGGAAUUCAGUAGAGCCAAGUCUGGGCGCUGGCUCUUUCCUGACCUGUAUUUCUGCUAAAUAGGCCUGGUCCCCUUUCUGUUUCCCUGGCUGCCCUGCUUCAGGGCGUCUUUCUCCUGUUCAUUUCCUUUGCUGUCUAUUUAAUUUAACUUUUUAAAAGCAGCCCCCAUUGCCUUGCCUGCAGUGUAGAUCCUUUGGGUUUAUACUGCUAUUUAUGGGUAAGGGUUGUUUUAAAUAGUUUUUGUUGAUGUUAAGAACUUCUCUUCCAAUUUUGAAAUACUUUUAUUUCUAUCAUCCAUCUCUGUGCACCGUGUCUGUCUAUCUAUUCCCAUCCACCCCCUCUAUCUGUCGCCUCAGCUGGGGCAUACACCUUUUUGACGAUAAUCAUUGCACUUUUAUGUUGCUAGAUGCUUUUCUGGAUAGAAACUAGUGAGAUUUUUUUGAAGCAAAUCUCAACAGUCUCAAUCAUAUUUUUUUUGGUUCUUAAAUUGUAAACCACCUGACUUUCCUUUUCCUACUUUGCCCCCGCCUUCAAAUAACUCUGAAGCUUCCGUUUGUUGUAACCAUAUCUAUCUAUCCAUAUAUUUCUCUCCCUAACUUUUAAAAUGCUUUUAGCAUAAGAACCCAGGUUUGGGGGGUUUUUGUUUUGUUUAAACCCCAAAGUAUCUUUCACUGAAAUGAGCAGUCAGGUUAUUUUCUUCCUUGCGAUCUUGUCAAUUUACAGUUGUGUGUGAUAUUUACAAGGGGGAAAAAAUCCAAGGAAGAGAUGUCAUGGGUUUUGUUGUAACUAAUCUUAUCAUUUAAAUCCCCCCAGCCCCCUUUUUUUUAAAGCUACUGACACGUGUUUAUUAGUGGACGGAUAAAUGUUACUUCUACUUCCCUUGCACCUCAGCCCUAUGACUAUAAAAACCCUGUUAUCCCGCUAGCCCCAGAUCCCACAACUUGCUCCCUAGUUUAUCCAUGUAAGUUGGGACGGGUCCCGCUUCGGGAGGGAAAUUGGCUGUCGUGGGGACGCAGGGGAAGGCUGUGUGGUGGAGGCGAAGCCGGCAGGGGUGAUGUCUUUGGGAAUAUGUUUUGCUUGGGUGGCUCUGGACGCGUGGUACGGUCAUCUGUGAUCGAGGAGAGAGACUUACAGUACUUAAUAAAAGUCUAUUCUUUUAGUAAA